GUGAAGAGAAACCUCAAUACAAACGUUCCAUGAAUGGAGAAGAGAAACCUACUCAUCAAAGAUGAACCCUUUAUCCAACACCCUUUUAUUGUUUCUCUUGUUCUGAUUGUGGGAUUUGUUGUGAUGGACCCUUUUCAUCUGGGUCCAUUGGGGAAUCAUGAGUUCAGACCCGUGAAGCAUGACAUUGCACCAUAUCAUCAAGUCAUGAAAAAUUGGCCUAGGGACAACUUAAGCAGGCUAGGACUUUAUGGCAAAUCAGAAUUUAAGGACCAAGUCUAUGGACCUGAAUCACUCGAAUUCGACAACUUGGGUCGCGGUCCUUACACCGGUUUAGCCGAUGGCCGUGUGGUUCGAUGGAUGGGAGAGGAACUUGGUUGGGAAACAUUUGCAGUUGUCACCUCCAAUUGGACGGAGAAGAUUUGCUUGAGAGGGAAUGAUUCAACAACUGCGAAGCAGUGGAAGCAUGAGAAAACGUGUGGGCGUCCACUUGGUCUAAGAUUUGACAAAGGGAGUGGAGAUCUAUAUAUAGCUGAUGCAUAUUAUGGUCUUCUUGUGGUUGGACCAAAUGGUGGACUUGCUACACCUUUGGCAACUCAUGUUGAUGGAGAGCCUAUUCUCUUUGCUAAUGAUCUUGACAUUCAUAACAAUGGUUCCAUCUUCUUCACUGACACCAGCAAAAGAUACAACAGAGUUGCGCACUUCUUUAUAUUGUUGGAAGGAGAAGCUACUGGUAGGCUUCUGAGAUAUGAUCCUCCAACUAAAACAACUCAUGUUGUCUUGGAUGGCCUUGCUUUUCCUAAUGGUGUGCAAUUCUCUAAAGAUCAAUCUUUCCUCCUUUACACCGAAACCACCAAUUGCAGGCUAAGGAGGCUUUGGAUAGAUGGUCCAAGAAGUGGGAGAGUGGAAGACGUAGCAGACCUGCCAGGUUUCCCAGACAACGUGAGAAUGAACGAGAAAGGGCAGUUUUGGGUGGCAAUAGACUGUUGUCGGACACCGGCACAAGAGGUUCUCAGUCACAACCCAUGGCUCAGGAACAUCUAUUUCCGGUUGCCGGUUAGAAUGAGCUUGCUCGCCAGAGCCAUGGGAAUGAAGAUGUACACCGUCAUCUCGCUUCUCGACGACAAUGGACGCAUCCUCGAAGUUCUUGAGGAUCGAGAAGGUGACGUCAUGAAGCUCGUCAGUGAAGUCAAAGAAGUCAACGGCAAGCUCUGGAUAGGAACGGUCGCCCAUAACCACAUCGCCACCUUACCUUAUCCCUGAAAUGACUCAAUUCUCCUCCACGUAGGAUUUUCCUCAUCGGUAGUAGUCAGCGAACUGCAUGAUCUAUGUGUAACAAUAUUUAUUUAUAAUAAAAUAUUUUGCCGCAUAUUAC